AUGAUCCAGAGGAGCAGCACCGAGAGCGCCGGGCCUCCCGGCGGCGCCAAGAUGCGGCUUUGGGGCUCUGCUCUUCGCAAGAUCUCGAGCAUCAGCGUCAGCAAGGACUCGCAGCAUCGGUCCCACCUCAGCCCCUCCGAAUCAGACCCCAACGACUCUUUCUUGAAUCCCAGGUCACCCGACUCCCACUCAGCCAAUAUCUCCCUCGACGGCCCCGACUCCAACAUCCGCCAGCUCCAGACCAUCGUCCAGCGCAUGCGCGCCGGUCCCUCGACGCCCCAUCAAGUCGACACUGCAUACAAGGAACUCAUCAAAGUCAAGGAUCAAUGCGCCAGCCUAUCCCGCCUCAUUCUCCAAGAGGCCCUCCGGCGCAAUCGAGACAUUAUUAAUGGCGCUGACACCCUCCCACGCCGAGACUCCUCCCUCGAGUCCCCCCGAAGCCCUGGCGCUGUCUACGAUACUCGAAGCUCCUUCAGCGGCCGCAGCCUCGCCGAGGUUGUGUCUGGAAGUGUCAUUAAAGAACCCCACGCCAACGACUCAUGGUUGAGCGUCAUUCGUGACUGGAAGAUUUUUCUUGAGGCUCUGACCGAGUCGUUCAAGAUCAGCCUUGCCGAUACUUAUCGGAGCUAUGAACGCGAUGCCACUCAGGAGAUGAUUGACGCUUUGUUUGCGAGUAAGCGCUUCCGCAAGGAGGCGGUUCUUCGCAUGCGCAACGCCAGUGUGACUCGGGUGAUGUCGGCGGAUCCUCAAUUUUUUCCACGAUAUGAGAUUCGCUUUCGUAAUUAUGAAAAAGUUAAGCAAGAGUUGAACGAUAUUCGACAGUUGCUACAGACCGCCGAAUCAGGCAUCUCGCCCGACCGCACCAUCGAAGAGUAUGCCAUCUCUCCCCAUGGGGAUGCUGUCCUCGAGUUCUCCAACAUCUCCAGCGACUCAUCGCCCCAUGACCCCGCUCUUCGAUUCCGAGUCUCUUCCUACAUGCUGGCUGAGACAUCUCCCAUCUUUGCUCGCAUGUUCGCAGGCCACUCCAGCAGUCUACACCUCUUCGACGACGAUGACAUCUUAACCCAGCUGCCGCCUCCACCUAGCAGAUAUUUCUGCAAGGACGGGUCAGAAGCGAGACUCUACCGCAUGCCGCAGCGGGAGUUGAAUAGUCUUAAUGCACUCGAGAUCCUCCUCCACGCUGCCCAUAUGCACAAUGAAAAGGUACCUCGCGAGGUCACUUUCGAACAGUUUGUUGCGAUUGCCGAGUGCUGCAUGAGGUAUAAGAGCACCUCGCCGCUGGAGUUGAUCGUCGAGCACCGCUGGCUGCCGCAGUGGAUGCACAAAGGAGCGGACGACAUGCCCGACGGCCUCUUGGUCAUUAGUUACGCAUUUGGCCUGCGACAACUGUUCUCACGCAUGUCCAAGACGGCCAUUCUCAACCUCGUUGAUGAGAAAGAGCUGCAAGCGAAGCCGUGGCCCCAGAAGAUUAAGACCAAGAUAUGGGCUGUCCGAUGUGCAAAGGUUGCCCAGGUCCAUGCUUGCUGUGUCAACACUGCCCAGGAAUAUCUCCGACCACCAGCAUCCAACCCAGUGGAGGAACCAGAGUCACCAUCGGCAUCUGAACCCCGCACAAAUUUCGCAGCCACUGUUCCCGUUACAAUGCUAACGAGCACACCAAGGUGUCCGAAGGGCAGCCACUGGUGUGACGCGACGAACAUGGGGUGGUUAAUGUUGGUGUACAAUGAGAUGCACAUUCUCCCUCACAUUAUGCGGCCGAAUGUACUAUCUCACAUGCCGGAGUCACAACCUCCGCCGAGGAGCCUCGCGCAGAUUGUAGAUAUUUUGAGGAGGAUUCCCACCCCCCCAACGCCAGUCCAUGGGGGUGUAUGUGAUCCGGGUCCAACCUUCCGAGCAGCGAUCAAUGAUAUUUACAACAGUGUAUUGGGACUGACCCUUUUCGAUAUCAGCGGUAAAAGUCAUGGCUGGGCGCUUUCGAAGCAUCGGGAACAUGAACCACAGUCUCAGCUCAACAAGGGCCUAGGACGCAUGGCCGCCCAGGAUCAAGCACAUAGCGUGGCAACCGAGUUCCCCGAGAGCAUUCGAUUGCGAAUCAUGUGUGAAAUCGGUGAGCUGGACGAUCUUCACGCUGCUGCCAUGACGAAUAGGGCGUACUUCGAAACGUACAAGAAGCACGAGCUGUUCCUGAUGCGCAACAUUCUCCGCAUGGAUCGGAAGCGAGCAGGAACUCUCAGGCAGCAGAUACCGUUGAUUAUCAACAAUACGGAGGAGAAGGUGCUCAAGACGGAGUCGGAUGAGCUGAAGACGGCUGUUGGCGACAAUGCAGAUGGAGUCACGCUCCGCAGUGACGAUGAUGACGAGGACUAUUCAGACUCUGAUGAUGGUAUGAGCCUGUACUCUUCGUCGCUAGCUCCGUCAGUGAAUCGAUCUGCUGGUAGAGAUUCACAGGGCGCUGAUCGUCAAAGAUCAGCGGAUCCCGUGACAAUCCGGACGGGAAGCCCCACGCGGACCGAGGGGUCAUCGACCAAUACUCCCACGGCACGAUCCACCAGUCCAGCAUCACCAACGACGCCGCGACUAUCUCCCACGGAGCCGCCACAGGCCGCUGUGACCUUGGCUGUAGAGCCUAGCUUCACCCGGACCGAUGAAAUCGAUGAGCCUCCCCUGACGGUAGAGGAAGCGAACCGAAUCCUUUGGCCCGAGUCUGCCAUCCAGGCUGUAGCAGCGUCCAGUAUAAAUCCGCUAUGCGGCGUCGAGGGUCAACGAGAGAAGUUCCGAGUGGGCGAUCCAGCGCUAGCUGAAGGCCUGGAAGAGAAAACACUCGUACCGACAGGAGAGAAACAGUUGCGCAGUGAGCACGACCGGCGGGUCGGCCUGCUGAAAGGGAAGGGAGACCCGUCAGACGAGGGCGUGGUUGGUAAAUAG